GGGCACGCGAUAAGAAUCACUAUUCGUUUUACACAUCACUCUUUGAUGCUAUAGCUACAAUACACCGGUUGCAAGGUACCCGAUCUACAGCCUACCAGAUACCGCAAAUGUCUGCCAAUGGCGUUGCUGCUUUCUAUCUUCCAAGCCACAUCUACCUUUCAGUACUGCUCGAGUCUGCUACAUGAAAUGAUUGAUGUUCUACAUUUGUAGGAGCGGUACAACGCUGGCAAUGGAAGAAAGGCUAGCUGCGGAUCUCAGCCGCCUUGCUCCCGCGCGACGUCAGCGGUUGAUGCUGGGUCCACCCACGAUGCCGAGCCCCCACAAUCUGCAAGUGCGGACGGGCGAACUAAAAAGCAGCCAUCCCGCCUUGGACACUGGCGAUCCCGAUCGACUCUAGGAUAGCAAAAUAUAAAGACGCUGUGCAGAUUUUAGCAUCAUACCAUCUUACAAACAUCAUAUCAACAUGGAAGAGCAAGUAGAACGCCUCGUGAACAAGGUUUGGGACAAAUAUCAAGAUGUUCCUGCAUCGAAGCGAUUGCUGAUUGCAGUAUCUGGCAUUCCAGGAUCUGGCAAAACAACGCUCGCAGCCAUAGUUUCGACCAAACUCAACCAGAAACAUGCACAACAGUCGCCGGGUACCGCCAACAGUAAUCCACUAGCAGCCUUCAUACCAAUGGACGGCUUCCAUCUAUCACGCCAACAGCUUGAUGCAAUGCCAGAUCCAGACAGCGCAUAUGCUAGAAGAGGCGCGGCUUUCACGUUUGAUGGCGAUUCCUUCUACAGCCUGGUGAAGAAAUUACGAGAGCCUAUAUGUCCAGAGAGUUCAACUUUGUAUGCACCCAGCUUCGAUCACGCGCUCAAAGACCCGGUCGAGAACGACAUUGCCAUCUCGCCAUCCGUACGCAUCGUCAUAUUCGAAGGCAACUACUGCUCAUUGGACAAGGCGCCCUGGAACGAAGCAGCGAAGCUCAUGGACGAGCUCUGGUUCGUGGAUGUAGAUUUCGAUGUUGCGCGGAAGAGGUUGGUUCAUCGUCAUGUCAAGGCUGGCAUCGCCAAGAAUGAGGAGGAAGCGCGAAAGAGGGCGGAUGAGAAUGACCUUGUGAACGGGCAAGAGAUAGUGAACUUGAGGCUGGAUGUACAUGAGCUGAUCAAGAGUGAAGAGGACCGCCAUUGGGCACCGGAGCAACAAGGUGUCGGAGACGGGGAGGAUGAGGGUACUAAAGGCGGGAUGGCAGGCCGGGUAUGAUGUGAUCAUUGAAAGUGAGGCAUAGAUUUUUACAUUACUAGUAGCUGACUUCUAGUUGUAUUUGAUACAAAGUCUACACUGAAGGUGUACACUUGCGACAUGCUGCAAGUACCUUGAAAAGAAUUACAGCGAAU